UUCUCUUCCUCUUUCCUCAACCAAACACCAAACAUCAAAACCUCUCCAUAUCCAACGUUGGAUGGCAAUAGAUCUGGUUGCUCUUCCCAAUACGAGAAUGGAAGAACAGAUAGCCAUACAGGAAGCAGCUUCUGCGGGGUUGAAAAGCAUGGAGCAUCUAAUCCGUCUCAUUUCUUCUUCUUCAUCUUCUUCUUCUGCGCCAUCCUCUUCCACACGCCACCACCGUCUCGAUCUCAAUCAACUUGACUGCACACAAAUCACCGACUUCACGGUUUCCAAGUUCAAACAAGUCAUCAACCUGUUGAAUCGCACCGGUCACGCUCGCUUUCGUCGCGCGCCUUCUUCUCCUUCUCCUUCUCCUUCUCCCUCUCCCCCUCCCUCUGUUCCUUCUCAACCUCACUCCCUCACUCUUGAUUUUGCCAAACCCCUUCUCGUCAAGUCAAAUCCCAAUCUUAACCCUUCUUCUGCCCAUUUAUCCAUUUCUCGCUUCUCAAACACCAAGGACAAGGAUAAGGACUGCAACUAUACCAUAUCCCCUCCCAUCUCAACCACCACCUCCUCCUUCAUGUCCUCCAUCACCGGCGACGCCAGCGUUUCCGACGGCAAGGUUGGCCCCUCCAUCCUCGCCGCCGCCAAGCCCCCUCUCUCCUCAUCCCACCGGAAAAGGUGUCACGACGCCACCCUCUCCGCCGGAAAAGCCUCCUCCUCCGCCCACUGCCAUUGCUCCAAGAGAAGGAAAUCCCGAGUGAAACGAAUGAUUCGUGUGCCGGCGAUAAGUUCAAAGGUUGCCGAUAUCCCCGCGGACGAGUACUCAUGGAGAAAGUACGGUCAAAAGCCCAUCAAGGGAUCACCCUACCCACGGGGGUACUAUAAGUGCAGUAGCGUGAGGGGGUGUCCAGCGAGGAAGCACGUGGAGAGAGCCCAAGACGACCCCAACAUGCUCAUCGUUACCUACGACGGAGAACACCGUCACCCGCAAACUCCCGCAACCGGUGCCGCUUUUACCUCUCAGGCUAUUUAAACGACGUCGGCUGUUGGCAAACUCCGAUACCGACACUCGUAACUGGCGUUUGCAGUUUGCAGUUGUAACCGUGGGAGAAAAAAGAAUGGAACUUCUUGCAAGCGAGGAAAAGAAGCAAAGUCAACUUUUGCUUUGUGGGGUGUGACUUUUGUGGACCGAAAGAGUCGUCUACAAGACGAUAAGGACUUUUGUGUAAAUUUGACAAAAAAAUUAAUGAAAUAUAU